GUUGGAAAGGGAAAAAAAACCUGCAGUCUGAUUCAGCAUUGACUUGUGCAUCCUGCUCUGGGCUUUGGGCUGGCUUCUUAAUUGCUGUCAUUAUGAGCUGCAGCUCAAAGCAGAGUUUUAAUGGUGGUUCCCAGGGGAUAGGCAGAGGAAGCAGUGGUGUUGUUGGUGGUAGAGCUAUAGUUAGUUCAAUCUCUUCUGGAAGAUGUGGAAUCGGCAAUUUUUCUGGUGGUAGUUUCAGUGAAGGAUUCACUGAGAGGGGGCUGAAAAUUGGCAAUUGUGCCGGUGGAAGCACUGGACCUGCCAUAAGUGGAGGUAUGCGAGUUGGCUUCAGUGGUGGCUUUGUAGGAGUUGGUGAUGGUAUCAGUGGUGUUUGUUGUAGUGAUGAAAAGCUGACCAUGCAGAACCUUAAUGACCACCUGGCAUCCUACCUGGAUAAGGUGCGAUGCCUGGAGGAAGAGAAUGCUGAACUGGAGUGCAGGAUUUGGGACUGGUAUGCCAAGCAUGGCCCCACCUGUGAGCCAAGGGACUACAGCUGCUACUACAAGGAAAUAGAAGAUCUUCAAAACCAGAUCAUUUGUGCAACUCUGGAGAACAACAAGAUCCUUCUGAAUAUUGACAACAACAGGAUGACUGCAGAUGACUACAGAGUGAAGUAUGAGACUGAAUGUGGUCUUCAUCAGUGUGUGGAGGCUGAUCUCAAUGGCUUACACCUGAUUCUGGACCAAUUGACUGGAUGUAGGGCUGACUUGGAAAUACAAUUUGAGAACCUAAAAGAGGAGAUAUGUCAUGUCAAGAAGAGCCAUGAGGAGGAAAUGAAUUGUCUGAGAAGCCAGUCAACUGGAGAUGUCAGUGUGGAGGUCAAUAGCUGUCCUGGGCCAGAUCUAAGGAAAAUUCUUGAAGACAUGAGAUGCCAGUAUGAAACACUGAUUGAUCAAAAUCGCAAAGAGAUUGAGGACUGGUAUGCUUGCAAGCUGGAGGAAGUGCAUCAGGAUGUUGUCACUAGCAGUCAGGAGAUGGUGUCAAGCAACAACCAGGUCAUUGAACUGAGACGGAAACUGCAAAGCAUGGAAAUUGAUCUGCUGGCCCAGUGCAGCAUGCGAGACACCCUAGAAGCCUCUCUGGCCGAAACCAAAUGCUGCUACAAUACCCACCUUGCUGAGAUACAGAAACAGAUCACUUGGGCAGAGCAGCAACUGGCUGAAUUGCGGGGAGAAAUGGAGUGCCAGAACCAAGAGUAUAGGAAUCUCCUGGACAUCAAAUGUUGCCUGGAGCAAGAAAUUCAGACUUACUGCUGUCUGCUGGAGGGCGGGCACCAUGGAAUUGUUGGAGCAGUAGGAAGAGGAGUUAAUGAGUCUUCAGCUGGAAAAACUGGAGGACUUCCAUCUUCUCACUCCUUCUCUGCAUCUUCCCAGUGUCAACCUGUGUGCCAACCAAUGUGUCAACCCAUCUGUCAUCCGUAAUCCCUGCCUUCCCAGAGUGGGGAUGUACAAGGUGAAGAACACUUUAUUAUCACAUAAACAUGAGCUGUUUCUCUAGGCUCUGUCAUUUUUAUUGAGCAGGAAGAUGCAUCAGAGUCAUUCUCUUGCAGGUGGUCUGGGGAUUCCAAAAUGUUCCUAUUUUAUGGGCAUACCAAAAGCAAUAGGAUGAAGACUUAAGUUCUGAUGUGCAGCUGAGCUUGCCACCAUACACGUUUUUGCCCCCAGCCACUUUUCUGACAGUUUCUUCGUUAAAUGAAUGAAGAGGCCACACAGUCAGAUUCGUUAUUUUCUGAACAGAUUAUUGCAGAAGGGCAUGUGAUUAAUUUAACUCCAUGCCCUCUAGAGAGGCUGACCAAGGCAAAAAUGAGAGCAAACUGUAGGGAAAGAUCAACUGAAAAAUACUCCUGAUAUUUACUCAGUUCUGCUGAAGCCCUCUGUCCAGAAAGACCUAUCAUUUCUAUUCAGAGGUGCCACUUCUCUGCCUAUCAAGCUACUUGCUUCUUUCAUUCUGUAAUGCUGUACUUAUCCAAUUGCUGCUGUUUACUUGAGUUCAUAUGAGCUGUGAUUGGUGAUAUGCUAACCACCAAAAAAUUGUCUCAAAUAAAACGCUCCUACUGCUGAUGCAUCCAGAA